GUCAGAGCAACACUUGAUGUUUUAACGAUGAACCAACCACUUUACGCAACCCAGAUGCAGCCUAUCAACCCCACCGUGGUCCAGUACACCACGGUGGAAAUUGGCAGGGAGAAGCCACGCGACUACAUCUUGUACUCGCUCAUCAGCUUUAUCUACUUGGGAAAUCCAUGCUGUUUGGGAUUGGCGGCCAUGUUCUACUCCAUCAGGGCCCGAGACCGGAAGGUAGCCGGAGACAUUGAGGGAACCAAAGCUAACGGCACCACAGCCCUGCACUUCAACAUAGCGGCCACCGUUCUCUUCUGCCUCCUUGUCUUGGUUUUCAUCAUCACGAUGUCUGUCUUCUUACACAAUGUAUUCCAUUACCGGUACUUUAGACGGCUUUGAAAUGACUUUGACUAUUGAAAGCAAGAAUAUUGAAGACAUCCACCUAGCCUGGUUCUUUCCUGCUUUGCUUGAAAAAAAAAACCCAUCAAGCUAACUCGAUGCUAAUUGUGAACGCCAACUGCCAGAUUUGUGUAUUCAAAUAAAUAGUCCUGUUGCGCUCGA